UUGCAGGAACCCUCCCUCUACACCAUCAAGGCUGUGUUUAUCCUAGAUAAUGACGGACGCCGGCUGCUGGCCAAGUAUUACGAUGACACGUUUUCCUCCUGCAAGGAGCAGAUGAUCUUUGAGAAAAAUGUCUUCAACAAGACCAGCCAGACCGACAGUGAGAUCGCGUUUCUCGGGGGCAUGACCAUCGUCUACAAGAGCAGCGUGGACCUCUUCCUCUAUGUGGUGGGCUCCUCUCAGGAGAACGAGCUGAUGCUCGUGUCUGUCCUCACCUGUCUAUUUGAGUCCCUGAGCCACAUCCUAAGGAGGAACGUGGAGAAGCGCUGGCUGCUGGACAACCUGGACGGGGCCUUCCUGGUGCUGGAUGAGAUUGUGGACGGCGGUGUGAUCCUGGAAAGUGACCCCCAGCAAGUGGUCCAGAAAGUGAAUUUUAGGACCGAUGACAGUGGCCUGGCGGAGCAGAGUGUGGCCCAGGUUCUGCAGUCCGCCAAGGAACAAAUUAAAUGGUCGCUACUGAAGUGACGGCAACCCUGGCCCGAGGCCAAAGACCCCCGGGGCUCCGUGCGCUGUCGCCGUCACCCUUCCCGGGGACCUGCGGGCCCGCUGAGCUGCCCUUCCUGGCCCCCGAAUAAACCCGCUUGGUCCCCGC